GCUCGUCGACUGUCGACGGCAGCUCCGGUAGCGGAGGGCCGACCCGUGCAGCGGCGAUGCCACGGCCCUGACGCGCUUCCGACGUAAUGCACGAACAGCUGCAUACCAUUUGACCGGCCUGCAAACGGACGGCAACCGGCAGUCCCAGCAAAGAUGGCGCAGUCAUGUCACCUGCUGAAGCUUCUGACGGUUGUGGGCGUUCUGUGUCAGCUGCCUGGAUGUUGCGAGGUUGGAGCGAGCAACGUUCCACACCACAUCUCUAAGAAGGACCUGCACAUCGACAUGUCCGUACCGUCGCUAGGCGUGCUGCUGUCCCAAAGGCUCCAGCGCAAGGCCUCGUCGCAGCAGCAACUGCAGCAGCGCUCGCAGUGGCGAAGUCAGUACGACGGCGCUCCGUCGCCUGACGAGAAGCGGGACGGAGGCGACUCCAGCGCCGACGAGGACGAGAGCACGACCGAGGAGCGCACCACCGCCUGGACACACAGGGGACGUUUCGGCCAGGACAUGACCGUCAAAACUAGCGCGGUCACGCUUCCUGCAGCCCACGACCACGAGACUAUCGCGCCGGAAGCACAGGAGCAAUCCAUCAUGCGUCGAUGGAAAAACCUCAUGGAGCCGCGCGAGCCGCUGCCAGCUGAUCUCGUUUCGGACUCGACGCCCACACCGCCAAAGCUGCAGAAGCGAAGCAACGUCGACGACGCGACGACGUCCCUUCAAACCGGGAAACAUCCAGAAGGGUCGAAGCGGUCCGUCACUCACGAUUCCGCCAUCGCGAACGCCACCAAAAGGGCGUGCAACUGCAGCGAACUGCUGAGCAACGACACCUUCAGCAAGGUCUUCUAUCUCGUGCCGGCGCCCGCCGAAACGACCGGCCAGAACAGGAGCCUGGUCAAAGAGAUCAUCCGGGCGUCGCUGUCUAAAUCCGUGCUGGUGGAAAGGCUGUACGGCAAAGGCUGUCACUGCAGCUGUAACGACACGCCACUCGCUUCGACUCGAGCGAGCCAGAGUUCGAGUACGGAGACGAGGCCGACUACGGCAGAGACAGCAAAAGCGAUACCAACUACUGCGCCGUGUACGGCAUCCGCUAGUACCAGCGUGCGCCCGCAGGAAGACCGCCCGCAGGCCUUGUACGCGACCAGAACCACCGCGAGCAGUUCGAGAGGAACCAAAUGUCCCACGCGCGUCUUCGUCAAGUUUCCGGGCGAGGAACUUCCGGCUCGUGCCACGGACUGCCGGAAACUGUGGCUACCGGACAGCGUCUACAAGGGCGAGACCUUCUGGGAGUGCGAGGACAGAGGGUCGGCCGACUGCGGCGGUGGACGCGUGGCGGCGAGCAGCACGGAGCGCAUUUUCCUGGCGUCACGGGCGUCCGGUCCGCCAGCCUUUUCCCAGAGUCCGCGAAACGUGGUCUACACAAGGUCAUCGGCGUGGUACUCUACCAGGCGCAGAACGGCUCAGCCGACGUCGACUACAAGCAGAACUGAGACCGCCGCCAGUACUAGAACGGCCACAUCCACAGCAAAAAGGACCGUGCCCACGACUCCGUCGAAGUGUGGCAAUGCUAAGGACGAAGACGUGUCACCCGGCGCGCACGAAAAGAGGGCGCACAAGUCGACGGCGUGCGCCCCGGUCACAUCGCCGAACGAAACCGCCGACGGCUGGCAUCUGAACUUCGUCGUGCCGUUCUAUCAUUUCGGCGGCAACGCAUCUAAGACGGGGAACGCUACACUGCCGACAACAAGGGCGCCAUGGGCCGAGAACUUGCGGCACCGACAUUACAUGACAAGCAGAACGACUCCGACGAAGGCGAAGAAGACAAGCGCGGGAAGGCUUACGCCAACCUCAAUCUCGCAGACGUCCAGGACGACGUCUGGUAUUUUUUCUUCUAGUACUCGCGCUGAUACCAUACAAUCUAGCACUGCGAGGUCGACGUUGCCCUUGACGGCGUCAAAGAACGAGACACUGCUGCCCGCGGAGUGGCCACAGCGGUGUCCGAAGAGCGGCGACUAUUCCACGUUCAACAACUCGCUCGCCUUCAUACUCAUGUGCGCUCCGGCAGCCUCCCGCUCCGGCGCUGCCAGUUGCAACGGCAGCGGCUGCGAGCCGACGAAGCGUCGCGUUGCCGACGAUGACCGCGGCCAGAGGUCGGGCACGACGGAUUACCGAAGGCGCACGCACUACCAUCUGCACGACGAUGACGACUUCACGUGGACCCGCGCCGCCACGUACGGGUCCAGGCCGGUGCAGGUUCAGUCGCUGCGCUACAGGACCUCCGGCAACGAAACCGCGUUUCCGUACCCGUUCCGAGGCUCCGACGUCUCGACGACGCGCAACAGCAACGUCUUCCGUCCUCGCGGUCGAAACGUCACUGCCACCUCGUCCAGGAACGGGAGCCAGCCGAAUCGUGAUCUUCCGGUCAUCCUCGAAGUAACCUCUUCUUCCAAGCGGUCGAAACCUUACUUUGGUGAUGGAACGCGUACAUCUAAGACGACCACGGACAAGAGGUACGCCGACAUCAUUUUCGGGGCGGCGCUGGAACGACCGGCAUCGUCGCGUCAGAGGCAACGCUGGGCGUACAAAGGCUACUACCGAGAGGUCGCCCGCCAGUUUCCACACACCGACGUCAAGCGAUACGACGCGGAGCGGGGCCACGUCGCCGGACAACGCGCAACCACUUCUGCAAACAACGGCGAGAACAGGCAAAGAAGUCGACCGCCAGACAAGAGAGCGGCGAUCAGUAAUGAAUACGCUAUUACUGAAGAAAAAUACAGUCGCCACCAAUUGUCUCCCGUUAAGAUGGACUUGCUCAAGUCCAUCAUCAGCAUAAAGGCGCUCGUCGACAAGGCUCGGAGCUCUGGGUGCAAGGACGCCCUCCAAUGCAACGCGAACGACGCUAAGAACUCUGACGUGUUAGAGAAAGUUGUCGUGCGCAGCGGCCAGCCUUCUGAAGACGACGAAUACGAGUAUUACUACGUCGACGAUGACGCGACCAGUAGCCAGCUUCCUCGCGACUGGCAGCUGCGCUCCGUCACUAUGACGUCAGCCACCGUGAGGCCUGCGCGCAGGGCGGCAGUUAGUCAAUGAGGAUAGCCCUAAAGUUAGCUGCAAUCCGGCGCUACUGCC